AUGAGUUAUCCUCAGCAAACAGUAGGAAACAGAGCACUCUCCUCUGUCUCCACACUUCUCCUAUGUAUCCUCUACUUCAUCUCCAAGUCAUCGAACGCCCAAUCUUCUUCUUCUUCUCCGGACUUCGCAUGUGACGUCACCACAAACCCUUCUCUAGCCAGCGUGAACCGUCUCGGGAUUCCAGAUUACAACUGGUGGUCGGAGGCACUUCACGGUGUAUCUGACGUUGGAGGUGGUGCCACUAGCUUCCCUCAAGUCAUACUCACCGCUGCUUCCUUCAACGUAUCUCUCUUCAAAGCCAUUGGCAAGGGUAGAAAUUUUUUGUUUCUUUGCAUACAAAUCUCUCGUGGCUCUAUAUUCUUCACUGUUCCUCUGUUUCAGGAGCCCGAAGUGAUUUCUACUCUCUCAGAGAUCCACCAGCUCAAGAUGGAUACUUCUAAGGAUGAUGAUUUCACAUUCUCAGAGGUUGUGUCACAAGAUUGUGAAGUUUUUCCAGAGGCAACAGAUAUUGCAUCAGAUGUAGACGCUAUUUCCCUUAAAGAUACUCAAAGCAAGUCUCUGAAUCUAGUUUCUCCAAAGCAAAACACAGUUGAUUCUUCAUCUGAGAUUCUCAAAGCUGCUUCAGCUAGAAAGCCUAUAACACGUACAAAAGUCCCAUUUGAAAAGGGUUAUAGCCAAAUGGAUUGGCUCAAACUUACACGAACACAUCCCGAUCUUGCAGGCCUUAAGGGGGAGUCGAACAGGAGGCUUAUAUCAAUGGAUGAAGUCAAGAAACACAAAUCAGGAGACUCGAUGUGGACUGUAUUGAAAGGACGUGUGUAUAACAUAUCACCUUAUAUGAAUUUUCAUCCUGGAGGUGUUGAUAUGUUGAUGAAAGCAGUUGGGAGAGACGGUACGUUCUUGUUCAACAAAUACCAUGCUUGGGUCAAUUUUGAUAUCUUACUUGAGAAAUGCCUUGUUGGAGUUUUGGAUGACUCCAAAGUGAUGAGCAAAUGCUAAAAGGUGUUGAGAUGUUCUUUUACUCGUAUAGAGGUUCAGACAAGAGUUUACAUUUUGAAGUAUUCAAAUGAAAACGCUGGUCACAACUAUGUAAUGUGUAUUACUAUUUGAUGUCAAUAUGAAUCAUUCAUUGAUCAUACAGUAUGUGAUUAACACUUUGCAAUACAAAACAGUAGA